GGCACACCACCUUAACUCCUCCUCCCUUUUGCAGGCUCGUGGUCAAUAUGGCGGCGUCCAUGGCUCAACUUUGCCGCUAUGUUUUAAGACGUAGGUCUUGUUUUCAACCAACUACGUGUUUCGCGCUCGAAUGCAAAUUUCACCGUACCGUCCCUGCAUGUCAGGGACUACUUCACGCUCUUAAUAAACGCGGAAUUUUAAAGGAGUCUUUCCCGGAUGACGCAGCGUGCGACCGACUCCCGCGCUUGCUGCAGUCCGGUGCUCAGACCGUGUACUGCGGCUUUGACCCCACGGCCGACAGCCUUCACGUGGGCAACCUGCUGGCCCUCAUCGGUUUGCUACACUUCCGUAGCGCCGGCCACCAUGUGAUCGCGGUGCUCGGUGGGGCCACGGCGCAGAUAGGCGACCCGAGCGGGAAAACAAGCGAGCGGGAGCGGCUGUCCGCAGACACCGCGGAGGCAAACACUCGCGGCAUCCGUGAUGGCAUUCACAGAAUUUUCACCAACCACGAACUGAACUUCCACGACAGCUCCAAGAAGCUGGGGACCGUGACGGUACUUAACAACUUGAGCUGGUACAAGGACUGGAAUGUGGUGAGGUUCCUUGCUGAGGCCGGGAGGCACUUUCGCAUGGGCACCAUGUUGAGCCGCUACAGCGUCCAGUCCAGGUUGCGGAGCUCGGAGGGCAUGAGCCUGACCGAGUUCACCUACCAAGCGUUUCAGGCCUACGACUUCCACCACCUGAACCAAAUAUACGGCUGCAAAAUCCAACUGGGGGGCACCGACCAGCUGGGAAACCUCAUGUCCGGCCACGACUUUAUUCACAAAGUGAGUGGUGAGGAGGUGUACGGUCUCACCCUCCCGCUGGUCACAAGCACGACAGGCGAUAAACUGGGCAAGACUGCAGGAAAUGCAAUUUGGCUCAACCGUGACAGGACGUCUCCGUUUGAUCUCUACCAGUUUUUCUUACGGCAGCCUGAUGCCAGCAUAGAAAGGUACCUGAAACUGUUCACCUUCCUUCCUCUGGCUGAGGUGGAGAGCCUCAUGGAGCAACAAAGAGCUGAUCCUGGCAAACGACUGGCACAUAAACGACUGGCAGCCGAGGUCACAAAACUGGUUCACGGGAAGGAUGGCUUGGAGAGUGCCAAAAGAUGCACCAACAUUUUGUACCACAGCAGCGUGCAGGCGUUGGAGGAGAUGAGCGACUUUGAGCUGCAGGAGCUCUUCAGAGAGGCUCCCUUUCAUGAACUGCUGCUGGAGCCGGGGACCAGCGUCAUUAACGCGUGCCGCAUGGUCAACGCCAUCCCAGAGGGUCCCAAAGGGUAUCGGAUGGUUUCGGAGGGAGCUGUGUGGCUCAACCACAAGCGGACGGACAACCCGGAGCAAGUACUGAUCCCCAAAAUCCACAUCCUUGGUAAUGGGCUAACACUGCUACGAGUGGGCAAAAGGAACUACUAUAUUAUCAAAUGGCUUAGUAUCUGAAAGGUGUUUGAAAGUGACUUUUUUGUUUGUGUAUAACUAUUGUACAGGGAUAAUGUAUUUAUCUAAUCAUGAUAAUUAAAAUGUAUUUUAAUUUAAAAGUUUCCCUUCGCCUGCUCACUUUUAAACUGCUGCUGGAAGUGUUUGAGAGACGACCAGCAGGGGGAGGCAUUGCCCUUAAAAAUGGUUUGGGACAAGGACAUGCCCUAAAAGGUACAGUAGAUGAGCUCACAUGGAAGAAAAUUGUAUCGUUUUUGGAAGACUGAACAGCUUCUUAACUGAUUUGCUGCCAUUGACGGCGAUAGACGUCCAAUUCAUUUUGACUAGGACUCGUGGAGGGU